UGCAAAGCUACCGUCAAAUAGCUACAUGAUCCGGUUAAUCCCGAAGCCAUCUCUAUCCCUGAAGGAAAGAAGAUAACGUGUAACCUGGACUCGGCGGGAGGAUACGAAAUUCCCGGUUUGGAUAAAGUCGCUUGGGACUGUUUCCAGCUAAAAUCCGUUCCAUUGGGUUUGGUAGGGAUGAGAUUGCCGAACUGCAGACGAUGCUCAGUGGAAGGGGAUGGGAAGGGACUGGCUCCCCCCGUCAGAAAUCCAUUUGUGCAUGACUUGAAAUUCACACCGCUCCAGAAGGCCCAGAUUGCUGUGAUGACGGUGACGCUGUUUCCUUUACGGCUUAUGAUGGCUGCCUUCAUGAUGCUGCUGGCGUGGCCGUUUGCCUUCUUUGCCACUUUGGGUCGCUCUGAGACUACCAUCGAACCCCAGACCCUCUGGAGGAAGUUCGUGGACGUGAUGCUGAAAACCCUCAUGCGGGCCAUGUGGUUUUCUGGAGGCUUCCAUUGGAUAACGGUGAAGGGGCGCCUGGCUCCACCCAGCGAAGCGCCUAUCCUCACACUGGCACCACACUCCUCCUACUUUGAUGCCAUUCCUGUUACAAUGACGAUGGCCUCCAUCGUCAUGAAGGCUGAGAGCAAGGACAUCCCACUUUGGGGAACGUUGAUAAAGUACAUUCGGCCAGUGUUUGUGUCGCGCUCAGAUCAGGACUCUCGCAGGAAGACUGUGGAGGAGAUCAAAAGACGGGCCAAGUCUGAAGGGGAGUGGCCUCGGAUCAUGAUCUUCCCUGAGGGAACGUGUACCAACAGGUCCUGUUUGAUCACUUUUAAGCCAGGAGCGUUCAUCCCAGCAGUGCCUGUCCAGCCAGUGGUGAUCCGCUACCCCAACAAACUGGACUCCAUAACUUGGACAUGGCAGGGACCAGGAGCGUUUAAGAUCCUAUGGCUCACACUCUGCCAGCUACACAACAAAUUUGAAAUUGAGUACCUCCCUACAUAUACCCCAUCAGAGGAGGAGAAGAGGAACCCGGCGCUGUUUGCUCAGAACGUGCGGCGGAUCAUGGCCAAAGCUUUGGAUGUGCCGAUCACAGACUACUCAUUUGAAGACUGCCAGCUGGCCAUGGCUGAAGGGCAGCUCCGACUCCCCUCCGACACCUGCCUGCUGGAGUUCGCCCGCCUCGUCAGAAAACUGGGCCUGCAGCUGGAUAAGACUGGCCACAUCCUGGAGGAUUACGGGAUGCGUGCCCGCAAGCUCCAUGGAAACCGUGUGCCACUGGGAGAAUUUCCCCGCUUCCUGGACGUGCCCGAGUCCGACCUGAUCAGGGACAUGUUCGCUCUCUUUGAUGAGCAUGAAGACCGCACGAUAGACAUCAGAGAGUUUGUCAUUGCCUUGUCAGUGGUAUGUCGGCCAGCUAAAACUCUGGAAACAAUGAAGUUGGCCUUUAAGAUGUAUGUUGAUGAAGUGGACAGCUCCAUCACUGAGCAGGAGUUGGCAUGCAUCCUGCAGACGGCCCUGGGCGUGGCUGACCUUACAGUGACCUCACUGUUCCAAGCUGUGGAUGCACACGGCAAAGGAAAAAUCACAUUUGAAUUAUUCCAGAGCUUUGCGGAGUUGCACCCAGACUUUGCCGAGGAGUUCCUGUUCGGCGAGAAACGGGUCAUCCGCCACCCCAGCCAGCCCGCCGCCACCAACGGCUUCUGCACGGACUUCACCCCACCCGACCACAAGAAGCUGGACUGAGCCCCUCCCCCCAACCCUCCUCUACCCCAUGCCAAUCUUGAUCCCCUUCAGCUGUUCUCCUGGCGAGAGCAGCAGCACCCACCGAACCAGAAGCCGAGUUUACGCACCCCUGUCCCAACCCCCCCCCUUUCCACCCCGCAGACCUCCAUGGCCGUCUAUGGCGGGUUGAUGGUGUGGAGUUUUCUAAUAGCAAAAGACUUUAAGCUGAGAGUAGAAAGCCAAGCCGUUCUGCUCUUCUUUCCUCUUUCCUCUCUGGCAUCUGUCUUCAUACUUCAGCGAGGUACUUAAUACUUGAAGGCCAAACAGUUGUGUUCAUUUCCUCUAGCUGUGAAUUGGACUGCAUGAUUCAUCAGGUGAUUCACUGAUUCAGUGACUGACAAACAAGUGGGUAUAAGGGUAGAUUACAUCCUUGUGCCCCCCACCUCCACCGCUUUCCCCAAAUGAGACAGGUGAACACACAGGUGAGCGUAGUUAGGGCUUUUUCCUCCUCUUCAUCUAGAUGCUGACAACGGUGAUCCCGAUAAACACAGGUGUGUGUGUGUGUGCCUAUGACCAAUCUGUCUGCUGCUUACAGUAGAUACCAGCUGGACGUGGAGCAUAUCUGGAUCUGAUUGGGCACAGUUCUAGCAGACGCAGACCUGGGCUGGAUCAGGGCUAGCUAGCUGCCGUCUGGUUUCCUUUAGACAGAUCUGAGGUGCAGAUAUGUUGAGGUUGCCAGUUU